GAUUCUUUGUCUCCCUCUCUCUCUGCCCCUCCCCCACUUGCGUUGUGUCUCUCUCAAAAACACUAAAAAACUUAAAAGUUACCUAAAGUUGAGAAAGUGUUAUUUAUAUUUAAUGGGGGAAGGGGAUUGCUGGAGAUGGUGGGGCUAAUAACCACCCCUCUACCUUGCCCAGUUGGGCCCCACGACAGCCUCCGAACUCUGUCCCAAACUGGGACCUUCUCUCCAGCCUCCAUUUGUUCGGCUGUGCAGUGGACAUAAUGAGUCUUCCGCAAGUUGCAGCCCACUGCCAGUUUUAAACCUUACUCUGUGUCCUCGAAGCGGGCUGGCUGGCGUGGGAGGUGGAGAAAGAGGCAGUGGGCAGCCCGGGCUGCAGCCGGGUGUGGGGCCGACACACCCGGCCUCCAUCAAAGCUUUGGAUAACAGAAUGCCUCGGGGGAGUAUGAAUGGGGCGCCUCUGUUUCCAGUCGGGUUCAGAUGCAUCGCCACUGUUUUUUCCACUGCAGCCGCAAGGCACAAAACAUUUUUCUUCGCGUGCUGCGGAGGCUGAGGAACGGGGUGGGUUUUUGUUGGUUCGUUUUUUGUUUUUUCCCCUCGAACCCGGAAUCUGUGAGACAAGGCCUCCGCGCCUGCCGGGAGGAGCUCCAGAAAAGCCGAGGGAUCGCUGGAAGGCAUCAAAAAGGACCGGAGGGCGUUCGCCGGUGCCUCGACCAAGCCAGCCGCGGCCCCACCUGCGAGGGGGCGGGACCCUGCGGCGCCGGACCAAUCAGCACCCACCUGCGCUCACCUGGCCCCCUCCCGCUCGCUCCCGCGGGCUGCUGCUUGCAAAGGGGAGCGGAAAGCUUAGCCGAGCGCUAGCCCGCCGUCGCGGCAGCUUCGUUCUUCUCUCUCCAGCCAUGGGACUCCCUAAUGGGUUUCUCGCGUCCCUCCUCCUCCGCCUCCUCCUCCUCCUUCAGGCGCAGGUCUGCUGGCUGCCUCGCGUGGCCUCCGAGCCGUGCCGGGCGGGCUUCGGGGAAGCUGAAGUGACUUUGGGGUCGGGAGGCGCGGAGCUGGAGCCCGGCCAGGCGCCGAGGAGAGUGAUUUUCGUGGACUGCCCUGGGCAAGAGUCAGCCCUGCUUAGCACUGAUGGUGACUUUGCUGUGCCGAAUGGUAGAACAGUCCAGGAGAGGAAACCAUUGAAGAUCUCCCCAUCCAACCGUAUCUUACUAAGACGCAAGAGAGAAUGGGUGGUUCCACCGAUAUCCGUCUCUGAGAAUGGCAAGGGUCCCUUCCCCCAGAAGCUCAAUCAGCUCAAAUCUAAUAAGGACAGAGGCACCAAGAUUUUCUACAGCAUCACAGGCCCUGGAGCAGACAGCCCCCCUGAGGGUGUCUUCACCAUAGAGAAGGAAACAGGCUGGUUGUUGUUGAAUAAGCCGCUGGACCGGGAGAAGAUUGCGAAGUAUGAGCUCUUUGGCCACGCUGUAUCAGAGAACGGUGCCUCAGUGGAAGAGCCCAUGAACAUCUCCAUCAUUGUAACUGACCAGAACGACCACAAGCCCAAGUUCACCCAGGAUGUUUUCAGAGGGAGCGUCUUGGAAGGGGUACUACCCGGCACUUCUGUGAUGCAGGUGACAGCCACAGAUGAGGACGAUGCCAUCAACACCUACAAUGGGGUGGUUGCUUACUCUAUCCAUAGCCAAGAGCCAAAGGACCCACAUGACCUCAUGUUCACUGUCCACCGGAGCACGGGUACCAUCAGCGUCAUCUCCAGUGGCCUGGACCGGGAGAGAGUCCCUGAGUACACACUGACCAUCCAGGCUACAGACAUGGAUGGGGAUGGUUCUACCACCACAGCAGUGGCCAUAGUGGAAAUCCUCGAUGCCAAUGACAAUGCUCCUGUGUUUGAUCCUCAGAAGUACGAGGCCCAAGUGCCUGAGAACAUGGUGGGGCACGAGGUGCAGAGGCUGACAGUGACUGAUCUGGAUGCCCCCAACUCACCCGCAUGGCACGCCACCUACCGCAUCUUGGAAGGUGACGAUGGGGACCAUUUUACCAUCACCACCCACCCCGAGAGCAACCAGGGCAUUCUGACAACCAGGAAGGGCUUGGACUUCGAGGCCAAAAACCAACACACCCUGUACGUUGAAGUGACCAAUGAGGCUCCCUUUGUGGUGAAGCUCCCAACCUCCACAGCCACCAUAGUAGUUCGUGUGGAGGAUGUGAAUGAGGCACCUGUGUUUGUCCCACCCUCCAAAGUCAUCGAGGUCCAGGAGGGCAUCUCUGUUGGGGAGUCUGUCUGCACCUACACUGCGCAGGACCCUGACGAGGGAAAUCAGAAGAUCAGCUACCACAUCCUCAGAGACCCAGCAGGGUGGCUAGCAAUGGACCCAGACAGUGGACAGGUCACUGCCACGGGGGUUUUAGACCGUGAGGAUGAACAGUUUGUGAAGAACAAUGUCUAUGAAGUCAUGGUCUUGGCCACAGAUGAUGGGAGCCCUCCCACCACUGGCACUGGGACCCUCCUGCUAACACUUAUGGACAUCAACGACCAUGGCCCGGUCCCCGAACCCCGACAGAUCACUAUCUGCAACCAAAGCCCUGUGCCCCAAGUGCUGAACAUCACGGACAAGGACCUGUCCCCCCACACCUCCCCUUUCCAGGCCCAGCUCACACAUGACUCGGAUAUCUACUGGACAGCAGAGGUCAAUGAGAAAGGAAACACAGUGGCCCUGUCCUUGAAGAAGUUUCUGAAGCAAGACACAUACAAUGUGCACCUUUCUCUAUCUGACCAUGGCAACAAGGAACAGCUGACAGUGAUCAGCGCCACGGUGUGUGACUGCCAUGGCCAUGUGGAGACCUGCCCCAAACCCUGGAAGGGGGGCUUCCUCCUCCCGGUCCUGGGGGCUGUCCUGGCUCUGCUGCUUCUCCUGCUGGUCCUCCUCUUGUUGGUGAGGAAGAAGAGGAAGGUCAAGGAGCCCCUUCUGCUCCCAGAAGAUGACACCCGUGACAAUGUCUUCUACUAUGGCGAAGAGGGAGGUGGUGAGGAGGACCAGGACUAUGACAUCACCCAACUCCACCGUGGUCUGGAGGCCCGGCCUGAGGUCGUUCUCCGCAAUGAUGUGGCGCCGUCCUUCAUCCCCACACCCAUGUACCGUCCACGUCCAGCCAACCCAGAUGAGAUUGGGAACUUCAUCAUCGAGAACCUGAAGGCGGCAAACACGGACCCCACAGCCCCGCCCUAUGACUCCCUGCUGGUGUUUGACUACGAGGGCAGCGGCUCUGAUGCCCCGUCCCUGAGCUCCCUCACUUCCUCAGCCUCUGACCAGGACCAAGACUAUGACUAUCUGAACGAGUGGGGCAGUCGCUUCAAGAAGCUGGCAGACAUGUAUGGUGGUGGCCAGGACGACUAGGCGGCCUUCCAACAGGACCCGGGCUAAAGGUGGGCCGCAGUGGCAUUUCCAAGGAGCCUGAGUCCUCUUCUCAGCCAAGAACUUGGGAGAUUGUCAAGAAGUGGCCUUCGCAACUUGGAGGAGAGAGGUGUCAAGUCUGACAUUAAGGGGUGGUUUCUGAGCCUUUCAGAAGAGGGCCAUGGGCAGUUUGAUUUCACUUCUGAAAACCUCUCAGACUAGGCCAGGGUUGCUUCUGAGACCAAAUUUCCAGGAGUCUAUAACCUGCCAUAAAAUGCCUGGCUCUAUGUCCUGAGACUGGACAGACUCUGACCACCCCCUGCACUCCCCCGCCCCCCGCCCCCAUGAUGAUGUUUUCUCUGGAAUGGACCCAGCUUCUUAGAAUGAGGCCUCUUAUCACAACCUGGAUUUUUUUUUUUUAAUUUUUUUUUAAAUACUGUCUUCAAAAAGUUAGAGGCAGGUCUUCAGCCGUCCUCUGGAUUCCUCCAGAAGUCCAGGCCUCAGCUGCUCAACUUACAUGCCCUCAUGCAUUUGUGUCUCUUCUUCAGGCGAUAAGGCCUCCUGUUGGAAUGAAUUACUGCGUUUUUAUACUGAGCGCGAUUAGGUUGUCCUUUAUUUUUUAUUUUCCCUAUUGAGUGCUGUAGAAAAAGGGUGAUGACAAUCGUGUAAAUGUACUACAACUUUUUUAUUAAAGGAAUUUUUCCCA